GAAACUAAGGAGGGAGUGACUCUUUUUGGAUCUGAUGUGUGUGAGGUUUCUACUACUGAACAAGCUGCUGCUUCAUACACAGGUUUAGACAUAUGGAGAUAUAUAUGGUUUGUUAUGUAUUAGUGUUGUGGCAUUAGACAAAUCAAUGCUCUCUCUAGAGCUCCACCAGCAAAUUUGUUUGCUUAAGUUGUAUGGCCUCCAGUUUGUCUUGUUAGUUUUAUGUAAUCAUUUUGUUUUUCUAUAACAGUAGGAUCACCCUACAUGUUUUAUUCUCUGUAGAGGUUUUAACAGUACAGGUUUGAGUUUGCGGUGUCUGGUCAGGUUUGUUAAGGCAGAGGUUUAAGAGUGAGUGAGUGUGUAGCCAUGAAGGAGGAGAUUGCUGCUGCUGUGUUCUUUGUGGCUCGGCUAGUGAAGAGAUAUGGUUGUCUGGAUAAUGAUGGCAGGGAGCGCUUUGCUGCUGCACUCACCUCUGUUUUGUUUGAAAAAUACAAAAACCACUGGCACCCAAAUGCACCCACCAAGGGUCAGGCCUACAGGUGUCUGCGUAUGAAUCGUAUGCAGCUGCAGGACCCAGUUCUGCAGCAGGCCUGCGAGCGGGGUGCAGUGCGGUACGAGGAUCUCGGCCUUCCCCAGGAGUUGACGGUGUGGGUUGAUCCUGGAGAGGUGUCCUGCAGGUACGGUGAACGCAGCACUCCAUUCUGCGUCUCAGUGGUGGACAGCUGUCGGCGUGGAGAUGGUGAAUUUUCCCGCCGAAUCCAUGACGCCGUGGAGCGGGCGAGCCUUGACGUCCAAUCGGGAAGCUCUUCAGAUGAGGAGGAAGAAGGGGGGAGCAGAGACACCAGCACGAGUAGCAGCAACCUAUCUGUUCUCUGCCCUGCUCCAGUCCCGCCCACCAACCCUGAGCCCAAAACCAUCCCAACUGUCAGCAACCCCAACAGUGUCUACCGGUUCAGCGAGUUUUCUCCAGGUGCUCCUCAGACCUGGCUGAGGGAGAAGCGGAAGGCCUUUGCUGGUGAUGCAUUCCCACCUCACGCUCCUCCACCUGGAGGUCCAACCUCCCAGUUCUCCAGCCAGAAAGCCUUCAAGUCCUAUCGACCCACAUUCACCUUUGCUGGGCCUCGUGUUGACAAGUACCACUGGGUCAGCAAAUCCCGAUCCUAGAGCAGGCCAAGCCUUCAACCUAGAACAAAAAUCAGGUUACUGUUUGGGACCGGAGUGAGGACGGCAGCCAUGAUGCCGGACCAAAGCAAACUAGACCCUGGUUGCAGGGGGAAAAAAAAGUUUCAGUACAGUUUAUGUAUCUUUAAAGGAUAAGUUUAUUAUUCAUACAUGGUUUAAAGUGCCAAUAAUUUAAAGUAAUGCUGUUUAAGCAUGGUUUUUAAACGUAUUUGUAUUUUAAGUAAUUGUACCUUUAUAAAUGUGUUUUUAAAUUAAAGAGUGUGAAUAAAGUAACAUCAUGAAAAGAAAUAAAUGCGUUUGUGUCA